UCCUGGCCGGAUGCAGUCUUGGCUCUGAGGACAGCACACAACCUGCUUGCUCCUGGCAGUCACCUGGCUUCUCUGCACUCAUGGCUUCUCCUAGCAAGGCAGUGAUUGUUCCUGGGAAUGGAGAUGGGGAUGUGGCCACCCACGGCUGGUAUGGCUGGGUGAAAAGGGGGCUGGAGCAGAUACCUGGUUUCCAGUGUCUGGCUAAAAAUAUGCCUGACCCAAUUACAGCUCGAGAGAGUAUAUGGCUGCCUUUCAUGGAGACAGAGCUACACUGUGAUGAGAGAACCAUCCUCAUAGGCCACAGUUCCGGGGCUAUCGCAGCCAUGAGAUAUGCAGAAACACAUCCAGUAUAUGCUAUUGUACUAGUGUCUGCAUACACAUCAGAUUUGGGGGAUGAAAAUGAGCGUGCAAGUGGAUACUUCAACCGUCCUUGGCAGUGGGAGAAGAUCAAGGCCAACUGCGCUCACAUUGUGCAGUUUGGCUCCACUGAUGAUCCCUUCCUUCCCUGGAAGGAACAACAAGAAGUGGCAGAUAGGUUGGAAACCAAAUUGUACAAAUUCACUGAUCGCGGCCACUUUCAGAACACAGAGUUUCAUGAAUUGAUCACUGUGGUAAAGUCUAUGCUGGAAGUACCAGCAUAAUCAGGAUGACUCUUGUUUUGCAUCCCAAUAUAGGAGCAGAGUGAUAACUUCCAUUAUCAGACAAUAACUAGACAUACACCAUCCAGUUUAGUUCCAAAAGUGCCUGAAAAACAACACAAGUUUCAACAUCACACUAAGUUACAGACAACAUUUCCAUUUUCCAGGCUAUCUAAAUCUUCCCAAAUUGCUCAGAAGUGCAGUUUUUUUCCUGUUUGGCAGGGGACCUACAGAUAGUUUAACCAUCCUUAUCGAUCCAAAGAGCAUAAGUCAGAAAUGGAAACCAGGUGUCCUGAUUCUCAGCCCAGAUUAAAACUAACUAGAUUUUCAUGUAUGUUACAGAAUAGUAUUCUUUUCCUCUUUGAAAUAAAACAUGACUAAAGGUCCAGAGUCUUGGCUUAGAGCUCAACGUACUAGCUGCUAUUUUAGUCUGGCUCCAGAUAUUAAACCCAGACUUGGGCCUUUACCACUGCCAUUACCCACUACCCCUGGGUCCUUCAGGCAGGUUGAGAGAGACCAACACAUAAUGAUGCUAGGUCAAAGAUCUGCCUGAGUCUUGAAGGGAGCAGAAGCACAGGCUCUCUGUAUAUCAGCAAAGGUGACCAAUUUUUCUAAGACAAGACUGGUAUGAUCAGGUUCAUGUGGAGAGCGCCUGUCCUAUUUGAGUUACUGCCAUAUGGAAACUUGCAAGGUGUUGCCAAUUUUCUUUUUUUUCAUUUUUUUUUUUUUUUUUUGAUACUGGGAAUUGAACCCAGGGGUGCUCUGCCACUGAGCAACACCCUCAGUCUUUUUUAUUUUUGAGACAGGGUCAGCCAAGUUGCCCAGGCUACCUUCAAACUUGUGAUCCCCCUGCCUCAGCUCCUGAAUUGCUGGGAUUAUUGGCACAUACCACUGUGCUCAGCCAUCUUUGUGAUAUUUGAGGAAACAAAAAUUCUUAUUUUUUAAAAUUUAAGGAAUAUAUAUGUACAUAUAUGUAAUACCUAUGCAUAUAAACUAUGCACCGUUCUUUUCCAUAUGGAUUAUGUUAGUUGGCAACAACACUAUAAAUAAAAAAAAAUUAAUAGCUAGGUGAUGCAGAUGCUUCUCUACAAAGCACAAGAAAAGCCUAAGUAAAAAACAAAACUAACAUAAUCUCAAAAGAUGAAGAACAUGGGAACAACAUGGAUUUUGUUACAAAGUCUUUGGUUAUGUAGAGUUCAACCUUUUGACUUCCUAAAGAUCUCUUUCAAGCAUCAUUCCAAAAUUUUUCUUGAUCCUACUCCCUCAAAACAAACAACAACACAAUAACAACAACAA